CCGAAACCUGCCGUUGUUUCUCUCUCUCUCUCUUUAGUCUUUCACCAACUUCCUUUAUAUUUCGUCAUCUUCCACUCUUCCAUCUCCAUCUCUCUUUUCUUCUUCUUCUUCUUCUCCUAGCUCACUCUCUCUCUCUCUCUCUCUCUCGGCGAAAGCCGUCCCAAGAGUAACACUUUUCGGACAUCUAUACGUAUCUGUUGAAUUAAUGGAGUCUACCACUUCUACAAGGCGGCCAUGUUUCAUCGAGGAAGAUGAUGGGUUGGCCUCUCUGGCAGACAUGGAAGCUGGGUUCUCUGGAAGUCAACACCACAAACAACCUUUCUUAUCUAGGACACUUUGUUACAGUGCUUCCUGUAAUUAUAACAUGAGUGGUUUCACACGCUUUUCGGUUCUGUCUCCGAGAUCUAGGAGGUUUUAUGAAGCAAGAUUUGAAGAACCGCAGCCCCAUUUCCUGGAAUCGUGUUUUCUCUGCAAGAAACCACUUGGGUGUAACAAAGACAUCUUCAUGUACAGGGGGGACACACCAUUCUGUAGUGAAGAGUGCAGACAGGAGCAAAUAGAUACAGAUGAAGCCAAGGAGAAGAAAUGGAAUCUUACAUCUUCUGUGAAGGCCUUGAGAAAAAAGCAGCAGAGAGAGUCCACCUCCCCCAACAAAACCCAGGACUACCCUUUCCGAACGAGCACCAUAGCUGCCGCUUCAUGAAUAAACAAGACAGCAUUUUGAGGAUGCCUCCAAAUAUAUAUCCAGAAGAGAAAGCAAUUAUGUCUAAUAGGGGUUUUUGUAUGUGUUUAACCUGUAAAUGCUAGCAUUACUACGGGGUGUUACGUUGGGGGCUGUCAUCUGCUCUUACGAGGAUGCGAUGCCUCUUUGGGAAUUUUAAUUUUCCACUUUUGUUUUUGUCUGAUAAAAUACUUUUCUUUUUUGAAAACCAGUAAACCAAGCUUCAGCUUUUGAAUGAAGAAAUAGUAUGAGGAAAAGCUUCCUUCUCUCU